AUGCCGGGACAAGACAAAAUAUACCUCGAGACGAGACAGGACACAAGACAGGGUCGUCCUGUCCUAGGUCAACUAGGUUGCCCUACUCUACCUGUCAAAGGAUCACGGCAACUAUCAGAGAUUUUGUUUAGGGGAGCACCAAGCAACGCAAAGGCAUACCACCGGUCAAGUGGAGCAUGUUGGAGAUGGGAUGAAUUUGCAAGCGGUUUGCCUCAACAUGUCCUUGAACAGAUUGCCGGCAUUCACUCGCCAACCCAAAAUACAAAUCCAGGUAAGUGCAUAUGGAGUCUUACUAGUAGCUUACGUUUCACUACUAGGUCUGCCUACAGACUCAUCAUGGAAGAUGACUGGGAUGAUGAGAGCGAUCGCUGGAAGCUUGUAUGGAAAUGGCUCAGGCCCCAUAGAGUUAGAACCUUCCUAUGGCUGGCUAUGAGCAACAAGUUGCUAACUAAUGAGAUAAACAAAGUCAGUGAUGAGAGAGAGAGACAAACCGCUGUGUCCAGGGUGACUAACCCGCCCACAAUCGUCGUCGCCUUCCAGUUAUUCUUCUUCUUCCAGCUCCUUUCCACCAUCGCCUCCUACAAUCCUGAUGAUCAUUUCUCAGUCAACUGCGGUGGUUCCGACAGUUUCUCUUCUUCAUAUGGCCAGAACUGGACCGGAGACACAAAUUCCGGUCUAUUCUCUCCAAUCGAACUCUUCAACAGCAAUAAUUCAUCAGUAGGCGACAACGCAGAUGGCAAAUCAAUCCCUUACAAGACCGCACGCUUCUCUCGCUCCGAAUUCUCCUACUCGUUUCCUGUGAAGACCGGCGGCCAAAAGUUUGUUCGCCUCUACUUUUACCCGUCUUCCUACAACCUCAACUUCCUUCGCUUCGAUGCUUUCUUCUCCGUCAAAGCAGGGCCCCACACCCUGCUCAAGGACUUCAACGCUUCGCUUAACGCCGACGCUGGCGCUUCACUUGAAGUUGCUGCUCCAGACGGAGCCAUCGUACGCGAGUACUGUGUCAACGUUGACCCAGGACAGAGGCUGAACAUAGCCUUCACACCCAACGGAUCUCAUCCGAACGCCUAUGCUUUUGUCAAUGGGAUUGAGGUCGUCUCUAUGCCCGAUUUUCUUUAUUACACAGACCCAGAAAACCUGCAGGGGAUGAUGCUAGAUGGUGGAACCCAGCAGUAUCCAGUUCAGAACAGCAGUGCUCUCGAGACUGUGUACCGAGCUAACGUUGGCGGAGGUCCGAUAGGUUCCAGUUCAGACACAGGCAUGUUUCGUUAUUGGGAGCAGGACAAUCCCUACUUGGAGAGGGAGCGCCCACAGAGUGUAUCCGCAGGUUUUGGUUUAGAUGUGGAUCACACAAAUUAUCCAAAUUAUACUGCACCGGACGUAGUAUACAAGACUGCUCGAAACUAUGGGAGGCAAGAGAAGUCCAAAUUUAACGUGACCUGGCGUUUUCAAGUGGAUUCAGUCUUUCAUUACAUGGUAAGAUUGCAUUUUUGUGAGUUUGAUGAAAAUAUUGAAAAAGUGGGAGACAGAGUUUUUCAGAUCUUCAUAAAUGAUGCUUUGGUGGAGCCUCUUGCCGAUGUGAUGAUAUGGGCUCACAAAAGAUUGGUUCCUAUCCAUAAGGACUAUGCGGUGUCGAUGCCGAGUGAUGGAAGGUCAAAGAAGCUGAAUCUUUCAAUUCAGUUGCAACCACACCCAACCGCAAGAAGCACUUACAGGGAUGUUUUAUUGAACGGUAUUGAAAUUUUUAAAAUAAGUGACUACAAUGAUAAUCUUGCGGGUCCUAAUCCUGAUCCAAUUCAAUCUCCAUCCACGCCGUCCUACAACUCAUCGAGGAACAGAAACAAAGGAAGGGUAAUUUUCAUUAUCGUUGUUGCAACAUCAGGCUUCCUUGUGCUGUCUCUUAUUGUUCUGUUCAUUUUCCGGCGAUUCAUUAGAGCUCCGGUCAAGGAAGGAUCUUCAUGGUGGGGACAAAAAUCAGUUGACUCGUCCAAAAAAGACAAACCCCGUGGGUCAUCAUCAUUACCGUCGGAUUUGUGUCGCUACUUUUCUAUAGAUGAAAUAAGAGCAGCCACAAGUAACUUCAAUGAUAUUUUCAUUGUGGGGGUUGGAGGGUUUGGUAAUGUUUAUAAAGGCUAUAUUGAUGAUGGAACAGUCCCUGUGGCUAUCAAACGGCUCAAACCAGGUUCCCAACAAGGCCUCCGUGAGUUCCAAACUGAGAUUGAAAUGCUCUCUCAGCUUCGUCACAAUCAUUUAGUUCCUCUCAUUGGUUACUGCAACGAUGGCAACGAGAUGAUCCUCGUUUACGAGUUCAUGGCUCGUGGGACCCUCCGUGACCAUAUUUAUGAUUCCGAUAACCCUCCACUUUCCUGGAAACAAAGGCUGGCGAUGUGCAUUGGUGCUGCUCGUGGACUCCACUAUCUUCACACUGGUGCGAACCGCAAUAUAAUCCACCGUGAUGUGAAGUCCACAAAUAUCUUAAUAGAUGAGAAAUGGGUGGCUAAGGUUUCGGAUUUUGGACUAUCCAAGAUAGGACCCACGGGAUUGUCCAAGUCUCACAUAAGCACGGUGGUAAAAGGAAGCAUGGGUUACUUGGACCCAGAAUACUAUAAACGUCAAAGGUUGACUGAAAAGUCUGACGUUUACUCUUUCGGAGUUGUAUUGCUGGAAGUAUUGUGUGGGAGACCUCCUUUGAUACGUAACGUGGAGAAGCAGAAACUAAGUUUAGUGGAGUGGGUUCGAAAAUGUCAUCACGAGGGUGUGAUUCAUCAAACGGUUGACCCGUUCCUGGUAGAAAGUAUCACACCAGAGUGCUUAAAAGCGUUCAGCGACAUGGCCCUGAAAUGUCUGGGGGAAGAUGGAAAUGAACGACCUUCGAUGAACGACGUCGUGUGGGGCUUAGAGUUUGCGUUGCAGCUUCAAGAAGGCACAGAGGAAGCGGGGCUUCUUGUUGAUGAGGGCGAAAUUGAAGGAAAGAGCGAGGAAAGGGCUCUGAUAAGGAAAACGACAAAUGUGGAAGAAAGAGAAAGCAAAGUGGGGUUCACGAGCAGUGAUGAAUCAAAAGGAAGCAGGUUGACUAGUUCAAGCAGUGAAGAUCAAUCUCUAGUUUCUGGAUUGAUCUUCUCUGAGCUGGGUCAUCCGUCGGUUCGAUGAAGAAGUAAUCCGGUGGUAUUUGCUAGGUGAUGGAUUUUAAUUUCGUCCUUUUCCAAAUAGUAACGGCGUCGUUGUAUUGCUGUGUGUCUUUUACGGCAACUCUGAACUUUUAUUUUCUAUCUGUAUAAAUAUAAAAUAUGCAAGCAGAAAAUUAAAUAAUUACUUCUAAAAGUACGCAUGAUUACCA